AUGAAGGGAAAAGAAGAAAUAGCAACGAAAAAAUGCAUUUUUACUGACGAAUACCUGAUGCUAGACUGUACUUAUAAAGUGUAUGGGAUACUUAACGAAAAUGGCAAAUUAAAUAAGGAUGUAUUAAAAGAGUACUUCGAAGAACAAGUCCGAAGGAAUCCCGACAGGUUAGAAGAAAAUUUGAUUAAAAUAAAAGUGUUAGAAACCUACAAAUUCGACGAAUGUUUGAAAGUCGACUGGCUUCUACGUCCGAAUGCGGAUUUGAAAAUGUUUUGUUUCAAAUGGGAUGGAUUGCCAGAGGUAGUUUUGGAAAUGUCCUAG